GCGUCCAGUGCGCACCAGUAACCUCUCAUGGCGAGUUCUUCUGUUUUAUUCGUUAUUGAGCAAAAACAGCGGCAUCGCUUCAUUUUCUCGGUAUGUUGUUGAGGUGGGGGCUUCAUUUAAUCGCGUUCUUUAUCUCGGUUGGACAUCAGAUGUUUCUGACACCUGACAGCAGUGUGGAUCGUCUAUAGCUUCUUGUUCCAGUGGAAUUUCACAGCGCAUGUAUUUUCGUUAACUUUUUCCACAUCGUACCGAUCCUUGUGAGCGCGUGUCUUUCUGGGAAUUAACAUCUCGUCCCGCUAAAGAGCACAUUUCACUUGUCCACAUGGAUAUUUAUUCCUCUAAACUAUCACCGGCUGUGGAUUAUGGAGUUGGUGCGUUCCUGCUGCUCAUUGCAAUUCUUUCCAUUGUGGGGAAUUUGAUGGUUCUUGUGAUGGCAUACAAGCGGUCAAACCACAUGAAGCCCCCUGAGUAUUUGAGUGUAAAUCUUGCUGUGACAGAUCUGGGAGCAGCCAUCACCAUGUACCCGCUGGCUAUAGCCUCAGCUUGGAACCACCAUUGGAUAGGAGGAGACGUCACCUGUGUGUACUACGGCCUGAUGGGAUUUUUCUUUGGAGCAGCUAGCAUGAUGACCCUGACAAUUAUGGCUAUUGUUCGAUUCAUUGUGUCUUUAACGCUCCAGUCACCCAAAGAGAAAAUCAGCAAAAGGAACGCAAAGAUCCUUGUGGCGACCACAUGGCUGUAUGCACUGCUCUGGGCUAUUUUUCCUUUGAUUGGCUGGGGAAAAUAUGGCCCGGAGCCCUUUGGCCUGUCCUGUACUCUGGCCUGGAGAGACAUGAAGGAACAGAGCCAGUCUUUUAUCAUCACCAUCUUCUUCAUGAACCUCAUCCUCCCAGCCGUCAUCAUCAUCUCGUGCUACUCUGCUAUUGCUCUGAAACUGUACAUUACCUACAAGUCUAUGGACGACAGCAAUCACAUCUCCAACAUGAUAAAGAUGCAGCGGCGGCUCAUGGUGAUCGCUGUGUUGAUCAGCAUUGGGUUUGUCGGCUGCUGGGUGCCGUACGGCAUCAUCAGCCUGUGGUCCAUCUACCGCCCCGGUGACUUGGUCCCUCCUGAGGUCAGCAUGUUACCUUGUCUGUUCGCCAAGUCAUCCACUGUAUACAACCCGUUCAUCUACUAUAUCUUCAGCAAGACCUUUAAACAAGAAGUCAACCAGUUGGGCUGCCUCUGCGGGAGAUCCAAUAUUUGCUGUACCUCUGAUGCCAAAAACGGCCCGGAGAAUACCAUCUAUCUAGUGUGCGAUGCAAACAAGUCCAAAGCUGGAGCAGAGGAACAAUCAAUAGAGAAGAGCAGGGAGAAUGAGACUCAACUGAUCAGUAGGACCUGUGAUUUGCACUCUUAAGAGUGAAUUGGUACAGAACACUGAUAGUGGAAACUUCUGAGCUUUUUUUGCCCGGUUGAAGGCACAUGGAGUGGUCCAUGGACUCUUGAAUGAACUUUUGUUUCUUCUUUCAUUCCACAAGCUUCAAUGCCACUCUAUAUCAUCACAUUGUAUGUAUCAGUGAGGUGUUUAGGUGUUAUCUUUCAUUAUAAAAAAGGGCAUUUCACUGACACAUUCAGUGCACUGUUUCAGCAUUCUAAUACACUCAAACACAUUAUCUUUUUUCAAACAGAUCGCCAAAAAAUUAUUUCGGCAAAAAGAUUCUGCAACACCCAUAUGACCUUCUUUCUUCCGUGGAACUUACAUAGAGAUAUUGUGCAUCAGUUUAAGCUUAUACUUUUAUUAGGUCCAUGGUGAUUUAUACUCCCAAACUUCUCAACAGCCAAAAAACACAAUUAAAGGUGCAGUGUGUAAUUUUUUCCUCCCUUUAGAGAAGCUACGGUGGCCGACACAGGUAAAGAUGUCGUCCGUAAAGACAGCAGUGAGCAAUGAGAUUUCUUUACAAAGGUAAAUCAAGGAAUUAUAUUUACUUAAUCUUUCAAUAAAUCAAUGUUAUUGCGAAUGUUAAUGUACUUGUUCAUCAUUGUGUCAGUGUUUUAUUCACAAGAACAACAAAGUCACGAAACGCGCUGUGUAGAGCAGUUUGUCUGUUUAUGGCUACUGUAGAAACAUGGUGGUGACUUCCAUUUAAGGGGACCCGUGGUGUAUGUAGAUAGAAAUAGCUCAAUCUAAGGUAAUAAAAACAUAAUGGUUCAUUAAGAAAGGUCUUUAUACACCUCUGAAAACAUAGUUAUGUAUGUUAUAUUGCAUUUUUGUAAAUAGAUUGUUGUAAAUAUUACACAUUGCACCUUUAAAGUAUCAUAAAACCAGUUCAUAUGGCCCAUGCGGUAUGUAUUUCAAGUCUUCUUAAGGUAUAAGAUAGCUUUGUGUGAGCCACAAUGUGAAAUUUAAGAAAUUAAAAAUUUGUUAAGCUGUCAAAUCUGAUUUUUCCUACUGUAAAUAUAUUAAAACUUAAUUUUUGAUUAGUAAUAUGCAUUGCUAAGAACUGUAUGCUUUCAGAUGAUGUAUAAAUCUCAAUUUUGAGAAACUUACACUUAUGACUGGUUUUGUGGACCAGGGUCACAAUUAUUUCUGUCUCCACUUGAAGUACACAUGUGCAUCAAAAAUUAGUUUUCAUGGGAAAAAAUAAAGUCAGAUUUGAAACAACAUGAAAGUAAGACAGGAUUUUCAUUUUCAGGUGAACUAUUGCUUAUUCCUAGUCUUACAAUGGCCCAUAUUUAUUUUUGGUGUGCCUGCAUCACCCUGAUUUUGCCAUGUUAAAUGAAAACAUGUUGAAUUGUUGUUUUUACCCGUUUGAUUGAUUUUGCCAUCCUCAGGAACGAGAGAAAAAAAAAAACAUGUGGAUGCUCUGAUGAAAAGUGCUGUGUUUUUUCGCUUCAGUGACUCCACUGUGGCCAUAACCAGGUCGUUUGAGACUGCAGUCCUCAACAUAAAAAUACAG